AAUAAAUAAAUAAAUAAAAAUUGUUUUAAAUUAAAAUGCGGUUCACAUAUAAUCAGUUCAAUUAUGAAUCCGGUUAUCGGAUUCCAUCCAAAAUGUAUAACAGCAAUAAUAAUAACAACAGCAACAGUAGCAAUAACAACAGCAACAGCAACAACAAUAACAACAAUAGCAAUAAUAAUAACAACUACAACAAUAAUAAUAAUAAUAAUAAUAACUAUAACAACACUAACUCAACUAUAUCCUCAAUACCAACUUAUCAGCAUCAACAUCAACAUCAGCAUCAGCAUCAAUAUCAGCAUCAUUAUCACAACUAUAAGAGUAAUUUUGGCAUGCGUAUGACUAUGUCAACAGCAUCAACAAUGACUUCUCGUAUUCAUCGUAAGGGUUUUCGCACACCAUCGAAAAGGCACCCUGGCAAAGCUUUACCAGGAAAAUUACAUGCUAUGUCACGGAUUGGUCCUGGUAAAUUAGUGCCCGGUAAAAGAAUACCACAGCGACCACAUCCACCACCUUGUGAUAAUUCGAAUGACAGUGGUUUUGGCUUUGAUCCACAUGUAGAGGUGCAACACCAUCAACAACAAACACAAAAUGCUAGCUCUAGUUCCAGUAGUAGUAGUAGUAGUAGUAGUAGUAGUAGCAAUAUAGCUACAAAUUUAAGUACCAAUAAUAACAGUCAUCAUCAUCAUAAUCAAAGUGGUUCACUACAUCAUCAUAGUGCUACAGUAUUGCAGCAUUCACCACAACAGCAUUUAAUUCGUGCUAUUCCUUCAUCAAGAUCAGCACCAGCAAAAAAGUUACCUUUCGUCAACAUUGAUGAAGAGAAUGAUGAUUUUUCGACGGAUGACUCUGAUGAUUUUUAUCUAAACAAAAGUUCAGAUACGGCAUCGACAAAUGGUUCAUUAACACCAAAUUCUUCACCGACAUCGUCAGUACGUGAUUUUCAACAACAGCAACAACAACAGCAAAGUGGAAAAUGUUUUAAGCGUAGACGAAUAGAGACUCAUGUUGAAUUGGACAAUGAUGAUGCUUGCAGUGAGGAUGCGUUCAUACGGAAAGUGGCCAGUGCAACUGUUGUUGAAAGUGAAAUACCAAUACAACCUAUGCAAACAGUACAAGCACCUCUUGUAACUGCUCCCAUAAAAUUCAUGUCAACAACUGCACGUGGUGUAGCACGAGUAGCAAAUAAAAGGCAACCUGCAACACCUUUGAAUAGUGUUGCCACCUCUACAAACUCUAAUAUACAGCUAGAAAUUAUCUCUCAACCUGAACAACAACAUCGUGCCAGAUAUCAAACUGAGGGUAGCCGUGGUGCAGUUAAAGAUCGUAGUGGAAACGGUUUCCCAAUUGUACGUUUAGUCAAUUACAAUAAACCAGCUGUAUUGCAAGUAUUUAUUGGUACCGAUAUUGGACGUGUUGCGCCACAUAUGUUCUAUCAAGCCUGCAAAGUAGCAGGAAAGAAUUCUACACAAUGUAACGAAAGAAAAGUGGAUGGCACAAUGGUCAUUGAGAUAGAUUUUAAACCUGAAUCAGAUAUGACAAUUACAUGUGAUUGUGUUGGUAUUUUAAAAGAACGUAAUGUGGAUGUCGAACAUCGUUUUCCAGAUAAUCCAGCACAAAAAAAUAAAAAGAAAUCCACACGUUGUCGUAUGGUGUUCCGUACACUCCUUACUCAUGAUGAUGGUAGUACAGAAACCUUACAAGUUUGCUCAAAUCCAAUUAUUUGCACUCAACCACCAGGUGUGCCAGAAAUUUGUAAGAAAUCUUUAAAUUCUUGUCCUGUGGAGGGAGGGCUCGAAUUAUUUAUAAUUGGCAAAAAUUUUCUAAAAGACACUAGAGUUAUUUUUCAAGAAACAUACGAAAGUGUUGAUAAUAACCAACAAAUGAUUGGCACAUUGUGGGAGCAAACAGUACUACCAGAUAAAGAAUAUUUACAACAAACUCAUUUAAUUUGUACUGUACCACCUUAUCAACAUCAAAACAUACUGAAGCCCAUCACUAUACAAGUAUCGGUCAUCUCUAGUGGCAAAAAAAGUGAAUCACAUGCUUUUGUUUAUACACCAAAGGGCACAUAUACCGCUUUGGCAGCAGCGACAACAUUAAGUAGCAAUUUACACGGUACAAACUUAUCAACUGCACAAGAUACGACUUUCAUGGAUACAAGUAGUAGUACGAUGGCGAAGACGGGUGCCCCGGUAACACUUUGGCCAACAACAGAAACGAAGCAUGAAAUAGACGCUGAUAUGAUGCCACCACCAAUAACAACUCAAAUGCCAAUGGGCGUGCGACGUCCCUCAUUGCCGACCAGUACACCCAUGAUAACUGAUCAGUUAGCCGCUCAUUUAAAUAUACCCACUGAUGUGUUAAAAACUGAAUUGCUUGAUGAGACCUCACAAGGUUCAAUUGCAGAAGUAAUGCAUUCUCCAGAAGCAGCUAAUAGCUGUGGACCACUAAGCCCAACAGCUUUACAAUAUCAUUCACGUUAUGGACGUAAAGCCAGUUUGGAGUCAAUGAUGUAUGAAUCAAAUAGUUUACCAGGAUUUCCAGUGAAUCAAGCUGUUCCUAAUGUUGGUACAAAUAACCCGUUAGAAGCAGCUACCGUUGCUGCUGUUGUUGAAAUGGCAGUACAAAACAAUAUAUUACAAAGUCAACAACAGCAAGUUGUGACUAAUAGUGUUGAUAAAUUUAUAACUGAAUUAGCUACUUCGAAUCCAGUUACAAUGCCAAAUGCUCCUGUUAAUACUGAUCCAACUCUUUUUGGCGCUGCAAAUGCCACAGUUAUGGAUAUAUUGCAAACUACUGUUGUAACAAAUCAACCACCGCCAGUUCUUGAACGUAGUCUCUCAAUAUCGAGCAAUUCAUCAAAUCACUCUUCCUCUAAUGGCGCUUCACCACUGGCUUUACUUGCUGCAAGUGCUACUACAUCACCUGUAAAUUCACUAACUAACCACAAUUCACCAAUAACUACACAAGAUAUAUUGCUCAAUUCAGAGCCUACUGCCGCUUUAAAUAGUUUGCAACAAUUAUUACCUCCGCAUGCUUCUGCUGCUGCAGUUGCUGUAAGUCCUAUUGCAGACGUCCCAACCAUAUUAUGUUCAGCUAAUGGUGCUGCAACAGCUGUUGUGCCUAAUAUUAUGGCACCUCAUCAAGUAACUAUGGCAAAUUCUAUACUCAAUGAUUUUUCCCUACAACCACAACCAACGGAACAAGAUGCAACUGUUGCAGCCUUAGCACUUAGCAAUAUUAUUCGAAGUCCAACUGCAGUAACAGAUGUUAACAAUGCUACAGUUUCUGCACCAUCAACAGCUGCCACAUCAACUGCUGUUAGUAAUAUGAUAAUUAAAGCCGCCGCUGAUUUUAUUUCGAAUCAAGAACAACAACAGCAUCACCAUCAUCAGCAGCCAACACCAAUGCUAACCAAUACAGCCACUAUAGCACCAACUGUGACAACUGUUGAUCCACUCGUAAAUUUAUUACUUAAUCAACAUGAUGUAGUCACACCAACAGCUGUAGUGGCACAAGCAACAGCAGUUGCUGCUGUUAAUGAAGUACAAUCACAAUUUCCUUUGGGAAUACCUCCCAGUGUGCAGCAAGAAUCUCCACUAAUUGUUGCCUUGGCUGCGGAAAAUGCAAUGCAAAAGUCUGUUGCUACUGCUGCUGUUACUACAAAUGGCGCUGUUGUUACUCAACAAACUGCAACCACAACUGUUGGUGUAGUUACUGCCGCUGCAACCGGUGCUGUACCAUUACCUCCACCAAUACCACAAGAAUUAACGACAAUGUCAGACCAAGAUUUAAUAAGUUUUAUUAAUCCCAGCACAUUUGAUCAGAUUUAAAGUAUUUAAUGGCAGAAAUUUAUUAUUUCAAAAAUCGCGAUGAAUACAGCAUUAAUAUUCAUUUGUCAGAUUGUUCUAUCCACACAAUAUUGGUGCGUAUUAACUGCAAAUCUAGAUAAUAUAUGAAAACCAAUGACUUAUGCUAAUAAAGAUAAAAAAUUAAGUGGUUUUACAAAUCAAGAAAUCAGAUGUUAAGAGAGUAAGAGACGUUAAAAACUGAAAUGUUGAAUAUAAGCAAUCAAUUACAAUCCUUAGAUGAAUAAAAUAAUUUAUUUACUGUAUUGAAAUGAUUAGUAAACCAAUUUAACUAGUUCAAAGAAAACGAAUUGUAAAAACAGUAAAUUAAAUAAUUGUAUAUAUAAGAUUGGGAUAUAGUAACUUGACAAAAAUGUAUUUAUAUGUACAACAUGGUUUUAUAUGGUCUAGUUCUAAAUGAAGCAAAGAAAUAAUUAUAAAAAUAAAAAUAUCUACAAUGUAGUUAAUUUGAAAAGUUGGGAGUUAAGUUGGUUAACUUACACAAAGUAAAGUAUAUUAUGACUGUAUACCAUAGUUUGACAAAUCAUAAUGUGGUGAUGAUAUUAUUAUAAAGUAUAAAAAAUGACAAAAUUAUAGACUGCAAGAAAGUUAGGAUAUACUUUUCGAAGCGGUCAGUUCUAUUUCUUUACGGCGGUCAAGUAUUGCUGGGAAAUCGUAAGAAAACCGCAUCAAGUAGUUUCUUCAAAACCAUAUUCAAACGUUUAGCAUAUAAUAAUAACAAUAACACAAAGUAUUAAGUAGAAAAUAACAGAAGUAAUAUUUUAGAAUACAUAAAAAAAAAAAAUAAUGACCCAUAAUGGUGACUCAAAAGCUGAUCUGCUGAAUUAUAUAGACUCCGAUAGAACAAGUCAUGAAAAUAAUAUGGUUGUUGCAACCUGAAAAAAUUUGUUGGUAUUAUUUCUGUUUGAUAGUGUAAGCAACAUUGACUGUCUGUGCAGACGAGCGGUUUCAAACAGCUACUGGAAUAUAUAUAUGUUAUAUAUAAAAAGUUCAUACCCUAUUAUUAUUUUUGAAGCCUGACUAUUUGUUCACUCAACUUGUUACUAAAGUAUGUAUGCAAGUGUAAACUAUUAUAGCAUUUAUAUAAAAAUGCAAUUACAUAUUGAAAAAGUGAUUUAAAUUAAUUGAAUUGAAGCAUUAGAAGUAUGUUUCAAUCUUACUUAUAAAACUUUGCGGCACAGAGAAUCUGGGUUCAAAUCUAACAAAUGUCUGAUCUAAGAACAUGCUUUAAUAAAAUGUUGAAAAUGUUUGGUGGUAGUAUCUCAAAAACAGAGCUUUAAGCACUCCUUAAAUUUCCUAUAAAAUCUAUAUAGUAAUUUAACUAUAUCUAGUAUCGUUAGGGACCAAUUUUUGAUUUAGUAUUGUUGAGAAUACUACCAGUAUCAGCUGAAUGUUAUUAUAACUAUGUAAUAAUAAUAUAUGUGAAAAUGGUUUUUAAUGAAAGAGCUGUCAAUAUUUUUAAAUAUCUAAUUUGCCUGAUUAUUAGCACCCUUUAUUGGCAAUUAAAGGUUAGGUUAGGUUGGAGUGGUGGCCUUGUGCCGAAACUCAAUGUAAACGCAAAUAAUAUCCCAUUGUGGUACAGGAUUAGCCUUUGUACAUACGCCGACGAGAGGUCAGCGUACGAACAACGCGGAAAGGCAUGACUUCUUCAUUAGGUUGAAAAUUAACUUUGGCAAUUAAUAAAGACUUCAAAUUUUUUUUCAAACAUUUCUCAUGAUUUAAAAAUCUUUUUUUGCUUGCACAAUAUUUUUAGAAAUUCUUCAAAAUACUAUGAAAUAGUUCAAGUAUAUUUUCUCACAAAACUUUUAGUAUAAAUAAAAACGCAUAAAGCCAUUAAAAUUCAUAGUUCCUUUGUAAGGUUGACGCCCUGAAAAGUGCCCAAAGUAACGACCAAAUCAUUCUUUUACUUAACCUAUCUAACUAAUGCAGUAUUUAAAUUGGAGAUGGGUCGCUUUUAUUAAUUAUCCUGAUUUUCUGCUGACUAUUCUGAUAUCCUGCUGACUAUUCUGACUUCUUGCUUGGACAAUACUAUAAUAUAUAUCGGGUACUUAUUAAAAAUGAAUCCUGAGAAUAGGUCUAUCGUGACCUAAACAUGUCGGAUGUUUAUUAAAAAUUUAGACAUGGUAAAUAAAGUGACCAAGAAUUAUGAUUUUAGAAUUUUUAAGCAAAUUAUAGCGUAAAUAAUGCUAAACCACAACUAAAGCUAUUUACUUAUAUUUUUAAUAGAUUUGUUUUUAACAAUUGAAUGCUCAUAUGGAAAUAUUGUUUGGUCCAUCUUUUUUAUAAAAUAUUACUGAAAUUCUGUACUUUACAUAGAUACUCUUCAUAGAGAUAGUCUUUGAAAUUGUUUUUUAUACUAAGCAUUGGGUUUUAAUUAUGUCAGUCAUUAGACCGUAGUUAUAUAGACCGGCGCAAUUAAGGUUUGAGAAGCAACUGGUCUUUAUUUUUUGUAAACAACAUUUUACAAAGUAAAUUAAAUGAUAUCAGGGUUGCCAGGCAACUAUUUAUGAUUUGUCUAGACAGAGGUUUUUUCGAACAAUAGUGAACUACAACAACAAAAAUUCAUUUUAUAUUAUUUUAAUUAGUUGAAUU